AUGGUACCACGUCCACGAUCCGACUUUGGAAAUGAUGAUGCAUACAAUGGACUUCGGACUAGAUUUGUGGACGCCUCAACAGAACGCGGUCAAGGUCAACUGGAACUAUCCAAGAGCGACUUCACCGGAGCUCGGGGUCUACGCAUUCUGCGGCAAUUGAAGACUCUGGAGGCCAAUCAGCGAAAACGCGAGGCCAGAAAAAAACAGAGCUGUUGCUUGCCUACUAUUCCACAAAAUGCUAUUCUCCAGUUUAUAGAGAAACAUAUCAAUCAUUUUGUACCACAAUAUUCUGCUUUCGAGUGUCAGGACAGAUUGGACACUUCCUUCAUAGAGUCUGGUCAUACUGUGCUCCGAAGACUUCUGCUUGUUCUCCGGUUUGAUAUCUAA